CACCGCACUUUCUUCCUCACUUGCACUAACACCAAUCAUUACUCGGUUCCAAAAAUGGCUCCUCUUUUGUCCUACGUCCUGGCCCUCGGUGCCCUGGCCAGCACCGCCCUGGCCUCACCUACCUACCCCGCCGUGGAACCCGUCAAGUACCAAAACAACACUCUGUACACCUACACGCACCAAGACUGCACGGGCGCCGCCUUCAUCUUCCACGACUUCCAGCCCAACACGUGUGCGGUAUCCAUUACCCGCCCCGGCCUCAACAUCAGCCAGGCCAUCGCCGCCAAACUCACGCUCGUCAAGUCCGGCCGCCUCGUGCGCACUGAAAUCGGGUACACGAACCCUACCUUCGUUGCGUGGGACGAAGGCCCAGAGAGCAACGCGGAUGGACCCCUUCAGUGCGGUACUGUUCGCGACAGCGAACUCGUCGAGGGCAACACGCUGUGUCUUAGCACCCCUGACAAUGUAAACGACCACGGUUACAGCUACUAUCGCGAUGACGGCACGUCGGAUUCGUCUGAUGUGGAGAAGAGGGAUGUGCCUCGCUGCACCGGCCAACAGGAUCCUGACGCUGUGUUUGUUGCCGGAGCUAUCUACACCCUUGUUGGCGUCCCUGAAGAGAUUGCGGUGGAGCUCGUGGUUUCGGUUCUCAAUGGUGUGACUACAGUUAGGGCUGAGCUUGAUGUUUAUAUCAUUGGUUAGCUUGGUGACAGGUAAGUACCAGUCUAGCUCUACGUAGUAGAGUCUAGAGCGCCGUUGUUGUCGGAGCUGGAAAUAUGUUAAUAGUCGGGGAUAAUUAUAUAGAAAGUUGUUCUACGUAAUUUAUUCAUUCUUCAAGUCGCGACUUGGUACUCUUCGCGCGACUUUAUA